AUGGGGAAGAAUAAAAUCCAAAAAGGCCUGGCUUCUUCUAAAGAUACUGAGAAAGCAUUGAAGCCCCUAAAGAAAAAUAUGAAACAAGGUGCAUCGAAAGCCAAAGAGGACCACAUGCAAGAAAUCCCCUUCAGACUUCGAGAGAUUAUGAGGAGUAAAGAACAGAUGAAGAAAGGGUCUCGUAAAAAGAAAAAGCUAAAACAAGCCUCACUGGUCAAAGACACACAGAAGAGUAAUGGGGAUAUCCCUGUGCCACACUUCAAGAGGAAAAAAGAGGAGAGUGUGAGGGCUUAUCUUGGGCGAAUGGAAGAAGCUGCCAGACAUGUUCUCUUUCUGACCAAAAACCAAAUAGAUCGGAAUCCCGAACUGGAGCCAGAGCAACAAGAAAAGCCAGCAGACAAGGGCAAGUCUGAGAAAAAGAAGCAAUAUGCUAAAGACCGAGCAUUGAAGGUGCAGCAGAAGAAGUUUGAUAAACAAGAGACAAGGAUGGAAAAAGAAAGGUUCAUAGAGGAUGUUCCAUUUGGUGAAGUUUCUAUGGCUCCACCCUCGUUCACUGCCAAGCCCAGAAAAGCUCAGGACAAAUCCAAGAACCGUCCAAAGGAUCUUCUUUUAAAUUCCCUGCUUGGUCAGAGAGUCGUCUCUACAGUCAAGCCAUCGAUGGCCAGACAACGAAUCAUGGAGGAGGAGCGACAGCGAGUGGUGGAGGCUUAUCGGCACAUGAAGAAACUGAAGCAACAACCGCAGGAAAAAAGAACUCUUUAA